AUGCGGCUUCUCCAACUCCUCACUUAUUACGCCGUCGCUUCCGGCCUUGCUCUCCCCAAGCACGACACGGAGCUCGCAGUACGCGCCCCAGGCGACUUGGCUACGAUAGGAAGCAAUGCAUUCGACGCCGACGGCAUCCUUUCUCGUGACUCUAGUGCGGCAUGGACAGAGGCUGAGAAGGAUGCCUACCUAGGUCAAAAGGGCAUGACACCUUCCCAGCAGUACACCAUUGACCAGACGGGCUGUCUUCAUACUGGUCUGAUCAUUGGAAAGACUGCCAUAUUUCAGAAGAAGUUCAAGGCUAGCUAUCUUCAUGUCAGGCGUCUGGCAGACAAUCCCAACACAUGGACUCAGACCAGACAUGACUGGGACGAAGUAAAGAGAAUGCAGCGUAUCGACUAUGGUGGAACUACGACGUCGUCCAAGGGCAAUCUUGAUAGGGUCGUGAGAAAGGGCGAGGAGUGGAUUGCAUUAUCUGGUGGCCAGUAUUCUGCAGACUGGAACUGUUUAGCUUACUACCGUUUCAUGGCCUCGAAGCUCUAG